UGCAGUAAAUUCAUACAGUUUUUCGGUUAUUCAUUCUCUUCCACACUGCAACCUUCUUUCAUUUUUGUAAUCCUUGCAUUUGUUUUUCUCUGGAUGCACGAAGCCUUAGACUAGUCGAAGGUGAAAACAACCAUCAGAGUUUCUUUCAAGGUCAAGCUGUGAAAGCCGGGGCGGCUUCGUUGAAGGCGUGCAGUUCUCGCGGCGCACUGUAGGUGGCAGCAGCGGGCGGGUUUUCUGGAGGCGCAUCGAAGAAGAAGCUGCUCAUCCUAGGCUGCACAUGUCUACUGUCUGGCUGUUGAAGAAGACAACAAACCGUUUAUCUCUGGAAUCACAAUGGACGAAGAAGAAACGGCGGGUUACGCGGAGCCGUGCGCCCAGUGCGCAGCCGUGGACUGGGGUCUCUCAGAGGAGGGUCGCUUCUUCUGCAAGUCCUGCCACAAUGUCAUCGAGCGAACCAAAGAGGUGAUGGACCUCACCUUCAUCCAGGGAGCCAACAGGAUCUCCACCCUCGGCAGAAAAUCCAAAACCGAGACAGCAGGUGGCCGUCACACAUGGAUGGUCUGUGAAGGUUUCCAGUUCAUCCUGAUGAACCAGGCGGAUGCCCUGCUUAGGCUGGGAGUCCAUCCUCACUUCAAGGACGGCGUGCUGCGUCAGCUGUGGAGGCUCUACUUGCAGAAGAGCCGGCAGGCUUACUGCGUCAACCGAGUUAGGAGCGCCAAGUUCAGAGUGGGAGACGCAGACUCGGAUUCAGACAGCGCAGCCGAGGCGUCUGUGGCAUCAGCCAGCGGGACGGAUGGAGAGUCAAAUCCCUGCAGCAGCCCCAGCUCUAAAGGAGGCAGUGACUGGUCUGGAUCAGCGGACAGCCUCUGUUACCUGACUCCCCGUCAGAGGCGGAGCCAUAGACUCCUGAGCCUGAAGAAGACUCUGGCCCUGAUCCACUUGGCCUUGGUCUGGAGCCGGGAGGCGCUGACUCUCAGCGACCUGCUUGGACUGGUGAACUGUGGAAGCGUCCCGUAUGUGAAGGCCCAUGAGCAGCUCCCAGAGCAGAUGAAGCUGUUCGGCAAAGAUGCUCUUCUGUUUACUGCAGAGACGGUACCGUCUCACCGCUCGCUGCAUAAGGAGGCUCAGGAUCUGCUUCUGUUCCUGCAACUUCCAGCGUUUCCUCCCAUCAGCCAGCAGACUCUGCUCCACCCGGGGCCACUGAGCCUGCGCUACCUGAUCGAUGCAAACCUGCCCGGUGAGCUGCACAGGUGGGUCUGCAGAGUGGCGGAGCUCGCAGGUUUGUUCCAUGAAAGCCGCCAGACGUUCCACCCCGAGUCCCAGCCCACCCUGCCCCGGUACGACCUGCAGGCGGCAGCGCUCAUUAUCGUCACCAUGAAGCUCCUCUUUGGCCUGGACGACCACACCGAAUGGGAGCUGUCCAACAACGCCAGGUCCACAGACGGAGAGGGGGCCCAGUUUAACCUGCGAAGGUGGUACAAACUGAUGCAGACCGCUCUGAACCGAGCUCAGCAGAGGAGGGACCAGGACACAGCCAGGAGGCAGUGGAGAGCUAAGAAACCCAUUUUCAUGAGGAAGAAGGAGAAAUGGUGGAUCAUGAAGAAGAAACGAGUCGCAGAGCAGCUGCAGAUUUGCUUUGAGAAGCUUUCCUCUCAGCCUAGUGGCCCUAAAGAUGUCACCACCUCCAGCUUCAAGUUCUGUUGGGGGGAACAGAAGGGAGCCGACGGUCCCAGUCUUCACCACACGCUGCUGGAUGGAGUGGUGGGGCUCAAAGAUGACCUUCUGACCCCCCACCACCACUCAUACUGGCAUUCGUCGCUCAGACCCUGCAAACCCAGAUGCCAAAACCACUUCACGGAUUUGAAAAACACGCUGCCGAACUCCUUCGUUUGGCUGCUGGAACUGUUCUGCUUCAUUCUGGACGUGAAGCCCAGCUGCCUGUACGAAGAGGUCCUGAGUGUGGAGAGACGGGUGUUUGCGCCCCCCACGGACAGAGCGCGGUUAAGGAACAGGACUGAAACCAGGACCAGACAUUCGGCUCAGACCUCUGAAGAAAGUUAAACUCUUCAAGCUUCUUCUCUCAUCAUCUGCCUCAUCAUCAGCUGAAUGAUGUUUAAAAAAUGCUGGAUGACAUGAAAUGUAAUGUUAGGUGGGGGGUGUCAGUCUGUGGACCGAAUUAUCUUCCUUAAUUUUGUAGAAUAAAAUCUUUAGUAAACUGUCA